AUGCCUACGCAACAAGCGAAGGCUGUAAUCCCAGAACCAGCUACUACUAUGGAGAUUGAGGACCCCGAAGUGGAGUCGUCUAGUGAAAAGAUCCGCAGGCAGGGUAUUCAGAUCCUCAUAGCAGGUUUCUUCACCAACUUCAUUGUAUUUGGUGUGGGAUUCACCUAUGGUGUUUUUCAAGAGUUCUACUUGUCUCCAGAGGGUCCAUUAAGUCAUGAGAGCGCUGCUACAGUAGCAUUGAUAGGAACUUUAGCAACCUCCAUCACCUAUAUGGGGGCAGUCUUUCUGUCAACCAUCAGACAAUACGUCCCCACGAACAUCUCCAUGUGUGUUGGUGGAAUUCUUCUUUCCAUGGGACUAAUAUGUGCCAGCUGGUGCACAAAAGUUUGGCAGUUUGCAUUGACCCAAGGAAUCAUGUUUGGACUUGGAUCUUCGGCAACAUAUAUUCCUCCCAUAGUAUUCGCUCCACAAUACUUCAAUAAACAUAGAGGAAUAGCCAUGGGAAUCGUGUUUGCGGGCACAGGAUUCGGCUCUUUGGUAUUUGCCUUCUUGACAAGAUACCUUAUUGUUCAUUUGGGCUGGCAAUGGGCUGUCAGAAUUCUCGGAUUUAUCUCCAUGGUCGUCACCAUGGUUUGCAGCCAAUUUGUCCAUCCACAUCCAAACUUUCUGUCAAAUACUGGAUCAAUUCUCGUGAGCUCAUCUGUUUUGAAGUCGAGAAAGUUCAAUCUCCAAAUGUUCGGUGCCCUUCUUCAGGCAAUGGCCUAUUUGGUCCCUUUAGUGUACAUGGCAUCGUACGGCACCACAUUGGGGUUCAGCAGUAACCAAGGGGCAACUUUCAUUGCAAUCAAUAAUGUUGUCAACGCCAUAUCCAAAGUAGUAUUGGGUCAUUUUGCUGACAAUAUAGGCAAAAUCAAUAUGCUUACACUAUGUUGUGGCAUGAGCAUGAUUACAGUAUAUGCACUUUGGCUCAUUCCUAAUAGGUCAACAUUCAUCAGCUUUGUUGUUCUUUAUGGUGUUACGUCUGGUCCUAUUAUAUCCUUGAUUCCAGCAUGCUUGUCAGAAACUUUUGGAGUGCAGACCUACUAUUCUGUCUCUGGCAUGUUGUAUCUUUUUAGAGGAAUAGGAAAUCUUCUUGGGUCUCCAAUUGCGGGAUUAUUAAUUAAGGGCAAUCCAGGCAAUACUUCCAGCUACUUCAAUGUGAUCCAGUACACUGGAGCUGCUUUAGCUGCUUCUACGAUUUGCUCCGCUGUGAUGGCUCUCACUGCUCAAACUUGA